AUGGAGAAGAUUAAGAAAUCCCAAAUUCUGAAGCUUUUUCUAAUAUCAGCUCUCUGCAUUAUAGCACCGCUUUUAUCCACAUCGUUCAGGCCUAAACAUCUCUGCUUCAUCGUCAACAUUCUCAUCUUCGCAGUUGGAGCAGAAUCUGGGCUUGCUUCCUUUUUCCUUAAAGCCCCAGAAGACAAGAAACCUGCACAAAAAUCGUCAGAGGUUUAUCCCGGUAAUGAAAAUUCGACCACCUUUUCAAACAAUGGAACUAAUAGUCAAGAUCUUUCUACGAACAAACCGGUUAAGGUUUUCGAAAAAUCUUCAUCAGAGAAAAUUGCUGAUACGGUGAAGGUACAGAAGGUUUUAGACGAAUCUUCUUCGACUCCAAGCCUGUUUUUUAUUGGAGCUGCCGAAGAAGAUUGCACUGAAGAACACGACGGUGAUGGAGAGGAGAUUGGGGAGCUUAGUGGGCAGGAAUUAUAUCAUAAAGCUGAGACAUUUAUUGGAGAUUUUUAUAAUCAGUUGAAGAUGCAGAGAGAAGAAUCAUGGAAGAAACUUCAUGAUAUUUAUCACAAGGCCUUCUAA